AAAGCUUGACAGCGAAACGAACGAAAGGAAUCAGACAGCAACCUUCUUAUUAGCCUCCUCCAUACCCUCCUCCUCCUCCCCCCUCUCCACUUCUUCUUCUUCUUCCCUCCCCCUUGUCAAGGGCGAGCGAGAAGACCACCACAGCUAGCGAAGCAGCGCAAGAUCAGAUAGAUAAGAGAGACACGCAGGUGAAAGGAAAUUUGCUAGCCGAAGGCUAGCCUACAAAAAGGGAAAACUUUGCCUGCUUCCGGCGAGAGUAGCUAGCUUCAACGGCGAUGGCGUCCAAUUCAUCGGCGGCGGCUGUGGCGGCGUUGUUUGGAAUUAGGGAUGGCCACCAGCAGGACCAGAUCAAGCCACUGCUUCCGCUGCAGCAGCAGCACCACCACCAACCCGCCCUCGCGCCGCCCAGCGCGGUGGCGGCGGGACCGGACCAGCCGGCUGCGGCGGUGCCACCGGUGAAGAAGAAGAGAACCAUGCCUGACCCUGACGCUGAGGUGAUCGCGCUGUCGCCCAAGACGCUGAUGGCGACGAACCGGUUCGUGUGCGAGGUGUGCAACAAGGGGUUCCAGCGGGAGCAGAACCUGCAGCUGCACCGGCGCGGCCACAAUCUGCCGUGGAAGCUGAAGCAGAAGGACCCGAACCAGGUGCAGCGGCGGCGGGUGUACCUCUGCCCGGAGCCGACGUGCGUCCACCACGAGCCCGGCCGCGCGCUGGGCGACCUCACGGGCAUCAAGAAGCACUUCUGCCGCAAGCACGGCGAGAAGAAGUGGAAGUGCGACAAGUGCGCCAAGCGCUACGCCGUGCAGUCGGACUGGAAGGCGCACUCCAAGGUCUGCGGCACCCGCGAGUACCGCUGCGACUGCGGCACCCUAUUCUCCCGGAGGGACAGCUUCAUCACCCACAGGGCCUUCUGCGACGCCCUCACCCAGGAGAGCGCGCGCCUGGCACCCGCCGCCCACCUCUACGGCGGCGCCACGGCCGCUGCCAACAUGGCGCUCAGCCUCUCUCAGGUGGGAUCCUCCUUCCAGGACGUCCACGGCCAGUACCACCAGCAGGCAUCCUCGGACCUCCUCCGCUUCGGCGGCGGUGGCGGCGGCGGCGGCAUGGCUGCCCGCCUCGACCACCUCCUCUCGUCGUCCACCUUCCGCAACCUGCCGCCUCCCCAAGCACCGGCGCCGUUCCACCUCGGCCAGACGCAGCAGGAGUUCGGCGACGGGAACAACAACGGCCCGCACGCGUUCCUGCAGGGCAAGCCGUUCCACGGCCUCAUGCAGCUCCCGGACCUCCAGGGCAACGGCUCCGGGGGCACGGCGUCGUCGGCUCCCGGUCUCUUCAACCUCGGCGGCUACAUCGCCAACAGCGCCAACAGCUCCGGCGGUACCUCCAGCCACGGCCACGCCAGCCAGGGGCACAUGGCCAACAAUGACCAGAUCAGUGAAGGAGCCGGUGGUGCCGGUUCUGAGAACUCCGGCGCGGCGUUCUUCAACGCCGCGGCCGGUGGGAACUUCUCCGGUGGCGACCACCACCAGGUUGUUGCUCCCGCUGGGAUGUACAACGAGCAGCAGGCCAUGGCGAUGCUGCCGCAGAUGUCGGCCACGGCCCUGCUCCAGAAGGCGGCACAGAUGGGCUCCAGCACCAGCGCGGACGGCGGCGGCUCCUCCUCCAUAUUCAGCGGUUUCCUGGGCCAGUCCGACCAGCAGGGUCGCGCGCCCAGCAUGGUGGACCAGGGAAUGCAUCUCCAGAGCCUGAUGAACUCGCUGGCCGGCGGGAGCAACGGAGGCGGGAUCUUUGGAGGCGGCGGCAACGGCCGGGGUAUGAUUGAUCCGAGACUGUAUGACAUGGACCAGCACGAGGUGAAAUUUAGCCAGCAGGGCCGUGGGGGCAGCGGCGGCGGCGGUGGAGACGUGACAAGGGACUUUCUCGGCGUUGGUGGCAGAGGGGACGUGAUCAGAGGGAUGUCAGUGGCAAGAGGGGAGCACCACAGCGGCGGCGGCGGCGACAUGAGCUUCUUGGAGGCCGAGAUGAAGUCGGCCUCGUCGCCCUUCAAUGGAGGCAGGAUGCAGUGAUGAUGAGCUUAAUUUUCUUUAGAAAGGCAUGAAGCUGGCUUAAGUUCGUUCCGAUCGAGUCGUGAACCUGAGAACCAUAUGCAUGGAAGAAGCUGUUUACUUACAACUUUGUUUACAUGUCAGCACAAAUGUUUUGACUUCUGGGAGCAAGGUUGGAAGGGUAUGCAUCAAUGCAUGAGCUUCUUCUUCCACCAAUUCAAGAAAGGUAAAACGACUCAAAUCAUUAGACUAGAUCUUAUAUUUAGCGGCAGUCUUCCUGUCAAUGUUUUGUUACCGCAGUUGAAUAUUAUUAAAUGUAAUUGGAUUAAUUCAUGCCGGCUAGGGAGAGAUCGUUGCAUAUACCGUAAGGUUUUUGUAGCUGGCAAUGUGAGGGAUGGUUAGAACUUGCGCACCCCAAACUCAAUCUUUUUUUCUUUUCUUACAAAUAAUGACAUUGCUGUAGCCCGAAUGGGUGGUAUGAAUUUUCUUUUUCCGUAA